CCUGACACAAGCUUUCGGUUGUUGCGUUUGCUGACAAAAACACAACAUCAUGCCCGGACAGACGCCUUCUUAUAAUGUCAUUCCUUAAAAUCAAGACUAUCAAAUAUUUAUUGUGAUAUUUGGAUAGAUCUAUUUUCUAACUAAUUUAUAGACCAUUGUUGUCCUGGUUUGAAUAUGCCAACUAGCUAGUUAGCUAUAGCUUACCAGACAGCUUUAGGGUAUUCGAAGUGAGCAGAGGCCUUGUUCGAAGCCCUCUGCUCGAAUACAAUCUGAAACUGUUUUAGUGUGUUUUAUUUUCUGGAAGAUGGACACAGAGAAGUUUAACUAUGUCUACAGCUGUGACUUGGAUAUCAAUGUUCAACUCAAAAUAGGCAGUCUUGAAGGCAAGAGGGAACAGAAGAGCUACAAGGGUCUACUCCAAGACCCUAUGCUACGCUUCUCUGGUCUCUACCAGGAGAACUGCUCCGACCUGUACGUCACAUGCCAGGUGUUUGCUGAGGGCAAGCCCCUGGCGCUGCCAGUACGGACCUCCUACAAGGCCUUCAGCACACGCUGGAACUGGAACGAGUGGUUGCGGCUGCCGGUCAAAUACCCCGACCUGCCCCAGAGUGCCCAGGUGGCCCUCACAGUGUGGGACGUGUACGGGCCGGGCAGGGCCACGCCUGUGGGCGGGACCACCGUCACCCUCUUCGGCAAAUAUGGAAUGUUCCGGCAGGGGAUGCAUGACCUGAAGGUGUGGCCAGGGGUGGAGGGGGACGGAAGUGAGCCGACCAGCACCCCAGGACGCACCAGCAGCAGCCUGGCAGAAGACCAGAUGGGCAGACUGGCCAAGGGCCCUGACCUGCAGAUACUAAGUGAUUUGACAAAGGCUCAUAGACAGGGUCACAUGGUGAAAGUUGAUUGGCUAGACCGUCUGACCUUCAGGGAGAUCGAGAUGAUCAACGAGAGUGAGAAACGCAGCUCCAACUUUAUGUAUCUAAUGGUGGAGUUUCCUCGCGUCAAAACGGGAGAGAAAGAGUACAGCAUUGUGUACUACGAGAAGGAUGGGGACGAAUCCUCUCCUGUUCCCACAAGCUCUGAUAUCGUCAAAGUCCCAGACCCACAGAUGUGCAUGGAGAACCUGGUGGAGAGUAAACACCACAAGCUGGCCCGCAGCCUGCGCAGCGGCCCCUCUGACCACGACCUCAAACCCAACGCUGCCACCAGGGACCAGCUCAACAUCAUAGUGAGCUACCCUCCCACCAAGCAGCUGAGCUCCGAGGAACAGGACCUGGUCUGGAAGUUCCGUUACUACCUCACCACCCAGGAGAAGGCGCUGACUAAGUUCCUGAAGUGUGUGAACUGGGCUCUGGCCCAGGAGGCCAAGCAGGCCCUGGAGCUGUUGGGGAAGUGGAGGCCCAUGGACGUGGAGGACUCCCUGGAGCUGCUCUCCUCCCAGUUCACCAACCCCGACGUCCGCCGCUACGCCGUGGCCCGCCUCCAGCAGGCCGACGACGAGGACCUUCUGAUGUACCUGCUCCAGCUGGUCCAGGCUCUGAAGUACGAGAACUUCAACGACAUCCAGGGAGGGCUGGAGCCGGGCAGCAAGAGGGACUCCCAGGGCCUGGGAGAGAGCUCCACGCUGGGGGACCUGGACAGUUCCCAGGUCCAGACAGGACCCUCAGUGCCCUCACCUGCUACACAGAAGGGCAAGGAGGGAGCGGACAACGAGAGCCUGGAGCAGGAUCUGUGCACCUUCCUCAUCUCCAGAGCCUGCAAGAACUCAACCCUGGCCAACUACUUGUACUGGUACGUGAUCGUGGAGUGUGAGGACCAGGACACCCAGCAGAGAGACCCCAAGACCCACGAGAUGUACCUGAACGUCAUGAGGAGGUUCAGCCAGGCUCUGCUCAAGGGUGAUAAGAGUGUGAGGGUGAUGCGCUCCCUGCUGGCCUCCCAGCAGACCUUCGUAGACAGACUGGUGAUGCUGAUGAAGGCUGUGCAGAGAGAGAGCGGCAACCGCAAGAAAAAGACGGAGCGCCUGCAGGCCCUGCUGGCCGACAACGAGAAGGUGAACCUGUCUGAGAUCGAGCCCAUCCCCCUGCCCCUGGAGCCCCAGGUCAGGAUCAGGGGCAUCGUGCCCGACACCGCCACGCUCUUCAAGAGCGCCCUGAUGCCGGCCAAGCUGAUCUUCAAGACGGAGGACGGGGCCAUGUACCCCGUCAUCUUCAAGCACGGGGACGACCUGAGACAGGACCAGCUCAUCCUGCAGAUCAUCUCCCUCAUGGACAAGCUCUUGAGGAAAGAGAACUUGGACCUGAAGUUGACCCCAUACAAAGUUCUGGCCACCAGCACCAAACACGGGUUCAUGCAGUUUGUCCAGUCAGUUCCUGUGGCAGAGGUACUGGCCACCGAAGGCAACAUCCAGAGCUUCUUCAGAAAACACGCCCCUAGUGAGAAGGGGCCCUAUGGCAUCAGCCCAGAGGUGAUGGACACCUACGUUAAGAGCUGUGCUGGUUACUGCGUCAUAACGUACAUCCUUGGAGUGGGAGACAGACAUCUGGACAACCUGCUACUAACCAAGACCGGGAAGUUGUUCCAUAUUGACUUUGGCUACAUCCUGGGUCGCGACCCCAAGCCCCUCCCCCCGCCCAUGAAGCUGAGCAAGGAGAUGGUGGAGGGCAUGGGGGGCAUGCAGAGCGAGCAGUACCAGGAGUUCAGGAAGCAGUGUUACACUGCCUUCCUUCACCUCCGCAGGUACUCCAACCUCAUCCUGAAUCUGUUCUCUCUCAUGGUGGAUGCCAACAUUCCUGAUAUAGCACUGGAGCCCGACAAGACUGUUAAGAAGGUGCAGGACAAGUUCCGAUUGGACCUGUCGGACGAAGAGGCGGUCCACUACAUGCAGAGUCUGAUAGACGAGAGUGUGGGGGCUCUGUUUGCUGCUGUGGUGGAGCAGAUCCACAAGUUCGCCCAGUACUGGCGCAGAUGAACAGAACCGACGAGAUUCGAGUGAACUGGCAAAAACCAUGGAGGGAGCGAGAGCACUGUUGCCGUAGAAACCGAAGGCCCCCCAUCCUGCCGUGUCCCUGCAGGUGCCAGGUGUGUGUGUGUGCACGCGCGUGAGACACGGCUGUUCCGCUGAACAGAGGCCAAGAGUGCAGUGCCAACCUCUACUGCAAGACAGCAAAACAUGGACUGAUCAUGCCUUUGUUAUGUUAGCGUUUGUAUAUAUUAUAUAUAAUGAAAAUUCAAUGUAUGGCCAAAUAAACAACACACUUCUGAUACACUA